AACAAAAAACAUUACGUAGUUUACUGUCAAUCAAUUGGAGUCUUUUGGGUUUGGUUUGGUAAUUUUUGUAAUUGAACAUUUCCAAAGUGCAUUGGUAUUUUUUGUUAUUUUGUUUUAGUUGUUGAUUUCUGUAAUAAUUAAGUUUACGAUGACGGAGCAGCAAAUGGAUUGUGCUUUGGAUUUGAUGCGGAGGCUGCCGCCUCAGCAGAUCGAGAAGAAUUUAACAGAUUUAAUAGAUCUCGUGCCAAGUUUAUGUGAGGACCUUCUGUCUUCCGUGGAUCAGCCAUUGAAGAUAGCUAAAGACCGUAGUAACGGAAAGGAUUAUUUGCUCUGCGAUUAUAACAGGGACGGCGACUCGUACAGGUCUCCGUGGUCUAAUACGUAUGACCCGCCUCUAGAGGAUGGCUCUAUGCCCUCAGAGAGGCUAAGAAAGCUAGAAAUCGACGCCAAUCAUGCGUUCGACCAGUACCGAGAAAUGUAUUUUGAAGGUGGUGUCAGCUCAGUAUAUUUGUGGGACAUGGACCAUGGUUUUGCAGGAGUAAUAUUGAUAAAGAAAGCCGGCGACGGGUCACAGAAGAUCAAAGGUUGUUGGGACUCCAUCCAUGUAGUGGAGGUUGUUGAGAAGAGCUCUGGUCGCAACGCGCAUUACAAGCUAACGUCCACCGCCAUGCUUUGGCUGCAAACCAACAAGGAGGGCAGUGGGACGAUGAACCUUGGGGGAAGUCUCACUAGACAGGCGGAGCAAGAUUCUGCGGUGAGCGACGUGACACCGCACAUAGCCAACAUCGGCCGCAUGGUCGAGGACAUGGAGAACAAAAUCAGAAAUACCCUCAAUGACAUUUAUUUCGGCAAAACCAAGGACAUAGUGAACGGCCUCCGCUCCGUGGUGCCUGCCGAGGUGGAGCGCCGCACGCAGGCGCUGCGCCACGACCUGGCCGUCGCGCUCCAACGCCGACACCAGUCGCGCGCCGACUGACUGCCCGCCGAGUGAGGUGGAUACUGGGUGAAUUAAUAGUAGAUAUUAACAACGACGUUAGGACAAGCUCAAAGUCUCCCGUAGCAGUUACAAACAAUCUAAACUCAUUUCUCUUCUUACUCUCUAGACUGCACAAGGUUACUGCUCGAAACUUGUUAGCUAUUAUCGUAAUUUACGAUGUGUUGAAGUAAUAUGUUAAAUGGACAUGAUAUGUUGCCAAAUGAAUGAAGAGAAAACGGACCGAAACGAUUUAGUAAAGAAUUCGAAUAUUAAUUAGGUACAAAGUGAAAUUCACGUUUGCACGCUUUGAUAAAGCAGUUUUUAUUUUACGCGUCCUUAUUCUGAACAUUUAUUAAGCGCCAUGUUUUUUUUUUAAGUCUAAUCGCAACUAGAGCGAUAGUUGAGACUAUAAGGGUGGAUUCAGACUAGCCUAUUUUUAUGCGCGUAUACUAAAUUUAGCGUAACGAACUUGGACGCGCGUUACUUUUAUAUAUUUAAAAAAUAUUGACGAAUAAUUUAUUAAUUGAAAACAUGGUAUUUUCUGGAUGUGAAAAGGAGGUGUUCUAUUCAUAACAUAUUACUUCAAUGCUUAAAUAUAUUUAUAAAUAAAGAAAACUAGCAACGGUGUUAGUUCAAUGCUACCACAAUGGUGCUUUGAAAGAUAUUAGUCCAUAUUUCAAGAUGUAAUUCGUAAUAUAUGAAAAUAGUUAUUUAAAUAUACUGUAAAAAUCUAAAUUAAGAACACAAUGACUGUCGAGUUUACGUUUUACAUGUAUAUAAUAAUUUGAUGUAAAUUAGUUAUUUAACUUCACCCAAAUGUCAUCCAUCUCGAUUUACUUUGCAUUUUUAUAGCUUAGUUUUUUUAUUUAAAGCAGGAUGUUGGUUUGGACGUAAAUUAUAUUAAUCAGUUUUCAUUUCGCAUUUAAUAAUUGAAAUAACGCAUUUAAAAUCAUUGAAUGAUUGUAAGAUUUUUAAGUAUUUGUUCAAAUCCAGACUGACAUUCUAAUAGUAUUUUAUUCUUUGUAACUAUAAGAGAUUCAAUAUAUUAUUAUUGAAAUAAAAUUAUUAUUGUAACAAAUAACCAUUUCUUUUAUGUUGCGAUUUAAUACACUAAUUGUUAUCAUAUUGGCCUCUCUAAAUAAAACAAAUAUUUACUUGAAAAUCGAGUAGUUGAAUUUGUUUCAAGUCCCGACGUUAGGGCAACGUAUGGGGGAAAUACUGCAGAGGCCAUUUUAAUUGAUAAAGUUACAGAAUACAGGGUGUUAAAUUCAAAU